AUGAAAGCCCUCGUCUACACCAGCCCCGGCACAAUCCAAGUCCUCGACCGCCCCAAACCAACCAUCCAAGCACCCACCGACGCAAUCGUCCGUCUCUGGCACGCCUCCAUCUGCGGCACAGAUCUACACAUCCUCAAAGGCGAUGUCCCCAGCGCACAACCAGGACUAGUCCUGGGCCACGAGGGAGUCGGGGUAAUCGAGACUGUGGGCUCCGCGGUCCAGGACCUAUCCGUCGGCGACCGCGUGUUAAUCUCCUGUAUGACUUCUUGCGGUGCCUGUCGCUUCUGUCAGCGUGGUCUGCCUUCGCAUUGUGUCACGGGUGGAUGGAUAUUGGGGAAUACGAUUAAUGGCACGCAGGCUGAGUUUGUACGAGUGCCUCAUGCGAUGCUCUCGUUGCAUCGAUUGCCUACCUCGAUUGAUCCGCGUGCGGCGUUGGCUGUGUCUGAUGCUCUCCCGACGGGUCUGGAGUGUGGUGUCCUCAGUGCUAAUGUGCAGCCUGGUGGUUCGGUGGUGAUUGUCGGGGCGGGUCCCGUGGGUAUGGCCGCGCUGAUUACGGCAAAACUGUUCUCACCGUCGUUGGUGGUGAUGGUGGAUCUUGACGAGGCACGGCUGGCUACGGCGCGACAGCUAGGCGCACAUGCCACUGUGAAUUCAUCCGCCCAGGAUGUCCGACAACAACUGCUGGCGCUGACCGAGGGGCUGGGAUUCGACUCAGUUAUCGAGGCUGUCGGUAUCCCAGCUACAUUUGGCUUGUGCCAGGAGCUGGUGGCCGUGGGAGGACGCAUCGCGAAUGUGGGCGUACACGGAACCUCGGUGGAUUUGCACCUGGAGAAGUUGUGGGAUCGGAAUAUCAGUGAGUCCUGUUUUUUCUCGAGAGCCGUGUUCACCCGUGCGAAGUUGUUCAGUGACACCAAUUGA